ACUGUGCGCUUGAUCAGUACAACACUGUUGAAAGGAACCAAUCAGCGUACAUUCACAUUUUUAUAUAAAAAAGUAUUAAUUUAAUUACCUAUUGCAUUAGCUAAUAUAAUUUUAAACAUUAUUAAAAUGGCAACUAUUUACUUAUUGCUCGUUGGUGUUCUUUUGACUGCCUUUACGAUGAAUGCAGUGAAAGCUGCACCCGAGGAAGGAGAACUUUUAUCUGAUUCCAGAAAUAUUAUGCAAUAUGACAUGCCAGCGUCCUGCCAGGGACAGUCAUACUGCUUCGAAAAGGGAGAUGAUUACCCUGAUGACAAAAUUGAGGAACUUCUACAGGACUUGCUCGAAUCGGAGGUAGACCAAAAUACCCCCCAGGCUAUCGGGUCUCGUUUCGGAGAUACAUAUGACGAGCCAGACUGUGAAUCGACCUCUACGGAAGGUCCUAUCUACUACAUUACAGACACUAAUAACAAAGUCAGAGUAGUUGUACAAUUGCCUAAGAAGUUCCAACAGAUCUACAGCGUUAAGCGAUGCGCGAACGAGGGACCUAUCAAAAAGGAUACAUCGCACUUUUUGUUGAGAACUACUUUGAGGAAAUAUAAGAUGGAAUGCGUUACUACAAAAAUGAACUUCGACUUUUUCGUACUUAACGAAGAUGAAACGGGUCCCAAGAUGGAGAUUGCCUCGGCAAAGGACGGCAUUCCGGUAUGCUGCAAGUGCCGUUACGAUGCUAAACGAGACUGAACUACUAUGUAAAUCUACAAGUUGUGUGAACAAAAAGCAACAAUGUCUUUAGUUUCAUGUUAAUUAUUCCUUGUAUAGGGAAAAAACUGAUGUAUAAUUUCAAGAACUUGUUUAUUUAUAACAUUUGUAUGAAUGUUUCAAAACGCCAUCUGUUUUCAAGCCAUCAGCCUGCCUCAAUAGUUUUUUUUAUUGAAUUGCUACUUUAAG